CCAACAUGGCUGCCUCCAUGAUAAAUUUUGCCUUCUCGAUUUCUGUCUUUCUGCGACAAUAAUUUAUAGUUUCCAACGUCAUCUUGGAAUAAUGGCAUCCAUAAUAAACUCUGUGAAGAAGAUACCAAUCUUGUACUGCAGGCUUCUUAAUCCAGUGCUUCAUUCAAAAUUCAUCCCACAUUUGAAAUGUGAUAUCAGUAAAACCAGUGCACUGUUCAUUCACCAGGGUUGUAAUCUUAGACAAGAUCAUCAGACAAAAGAAGAUGACAAUCGAGCCAAGAAAUAUGCAGAACUUUUACAAAAUAGCACAAAUAGAGAAUCUCUUAUCAUACAAGACAAUUUGUUUGAGGAUGCAUACAAGAAACAACCAAACAAGGAAAGCUUUGAGCAUGCUAUCAAUACAUUUGAAGGUCGUGAUAAAAGACGACGUGGUCAUGUCCAGUUUAUGUAUACUGCACUUAAAUGGAUGAAAAUUUUUGGUUUAGAGAAAGACAUCAGUGUAUACAAUAGACUGUUACAUGUGUUUCCCAAAGGAGAAUUUAUACCAGAAAACUUUAUUCAAACCAUGUUUAAUCAUUUUCCUGAAGAACAAGCGUGUGCUAUAAAAAUCUUACAGCAGAUGGAAGAUAAUGGUCUGAUGCCUAAUGAGGAGACUAAAGGUGUGCUAUUAGCUGUAUUUGGUUCAAAAGCACAUCCAAUGAGAAAGCUGCAAAGAAUGAAAUACUGGUUUCUGAAAUUCCGUAAUAUUAAUCCAUUUCCUGUCCCUAAAGAUUUAUCUGAUGAUCCAGUUGUGUUGGCAGAGAUUGGGCUUAAAAGGAUAUCUGAGUAUGAUGCUAAGUUGGAUGUUUUUAGGUAUACAAAUGGUGCUGGACAUGAAACAUUUAUAGCACAAGUACAGAGUCCAGAACAAAAAGAACUGUUAGCGGAACAUCCCAAAUAUGCACCUGUCUAUGUGGAGGGUAGUUACAAUCUGUGGCUGAGAAAUAAAAAAUUAACUUAUUUUGUAUUGAGAGCUGACAAUGUAUCAAUUGCACAUGAUGUAGAUGCAGAGAUGAAAGAUGAGGAAAGUACACCAGUUAAUCCCUUUCCUAAGGAAGGUCCUGUAUUUGCGAUAUGUAUGGCUGGUGACGAUUCACAGGAAUCAUUGAGGACAUGGUUGACGUAUUUACAAGAAGACAAUCCUAAUCUUGGUAAUUUACCAGUUGUAUUCAACAUCUACCAACCACCUGAUAGAGAAGUGACGCUCCAUGGUAGUAGCUGAUAUCUCCCACAAUGCAACAUCCAAUAUAGCUAUAUCAGUAUCUCCCACAAUGCAACAUGCAAUAUGGAUUCUGUCAGAGUGCAGAUGACAUAACAUAUCUAUGUCAUGUGUACUUCUCACAUGAAGCUUAUCUUUUUACUGAAAAGUGUGAUGACAGCAAAGCUUUUUUUCUAUAUUUGCCAGUAUGAUUUCUUUUUGUGGCUGCAUAGGUAGGCAUGACCAACAAAUAGUGUUUUCUUUGUUUUGAUUUCCAAAGUGGAAUACCUAGUAGUUUGUUUAAGCAUCACUUUUGAAUUUGAUGUGAACAAUGUGUUGUAUACAUGAAAAGGGAUUUGUAUCAAACACAAAGUGACAUGAUGACUAUGGCAAGUAUGAGAUAAAGCCAGAAUACAAGGACUCUUCUGAUAUGUAAAGUUCACUGAGAUAAAAUGACAAGACCACAGGAUUAGACGUAUUAUCAUGAAGAGGACUU